GACAAAGCUGCCCCUGGUUUAAGGCAAAAGAGACAUAGCACAAACAGCCUUUGCUUGCUUGCCGUUCUUGCUCGGUUCCAGCAAUCCCCUUUGCUUUUAUACAUUUUACAUCCCUAGCGCCUCUGUGGUGUUGUGCUGCUGGAUUUCUUUAGGUUACCAGCAGGCAGAAGAAAAUGUAGAAUACCAGUUACCAGCAUGCCCAUAGGAUGAUUUCUCAUCUCAAGCUGAAACUCAGCAGACCACCAAACGAGAAACCACUAUUUAUCCUGGCCUGCCUACCUGCACCUUGUAUUUGGUCUUGCACUUGCAGUAUUCCCCUCUUCCUUUGCAGUGUCUGUGUGCCUCCCUCUCGUGGUGGAUUGGAUUGGAUCUGCACAUCUAUCUGUUCACAGGAAUAAUAAUUCCCCUGUGUAUGUUGCUGCUGCCCUGACCUGGCUUAGGAGGUGGAGCAGGGUGGGUGCUGGGAAUUUCUGUUAGGGCCGGGAGCUCAGGGCAGGAGCAAACAGAUCCCUGCAAAGAAAGAAAGAAAAAUUAACUGGUAAUCUUACAAUUUCUGUUGCCGCUGCUGCAAGAUCUUGGAUCUGAAAAGUUUGUGGCAAAAUAAUAAUAAUAAUAACGAUGGCCUCACGAGCACGGCAGAGAGCAUGAUGACGCCGAGUGAGGCGAUGAUUAUGACUUGAACGAUUGAACCGGACCUCAUCUCUCGGAUCUGUGCAAGAGCUGUAAUGGGAACAGAGUGCAUUAUGGCCACAGUGAAUGAGGAUCCGGAACUCUCAUUUCCACCUGGAUUUGGACCUUUUGUUGGCCUUGCAUUGCAGGGUACCCAAACCAAUGUCAAACCAGGUGGUACUCAUUCUAGUUCAGUGCAAGUAGCACAGAGCAUCGAGAAAGAUGUCAAAGUUUUGGAACCCAAUUCAGCGCAUUGUAGGAGUGGCACACCUGCCAGUACUUCUGGGAGCCAUAGUUGCAGGAAAUCACUUCGUAACAAGCCUCCAAUAGACUAUAGCCUUUAUGACCUUACCUCAGAUGAAGAAUCUGAAAUUGAAUCGCCAGAAAAGGGAGUAAGAUCAGUGAGACGUAGGCAACAAUUACCAAAAGGAGUCCUUCGAGGCUGUGCAGAAUGUGCUGAUUGUCAAAAGGUUGUUGCAAAGUGGAAUCCAUCUGGUGCACGCAGGCCUGUUCUUGAGGAGGCUCCUGUUUACUAUCCAUCUGAGGAGGAAUUCAAGGACACCUUAAAAUACAUUGAGAGUAUACGACCUACGGCAGAACAAUAUGGAAUUUGUCGCAUUGUUCCACCACCUUCAUGGAAGCCUCCAUGUCUUCUUAAAGAGAAGAACAAAUGGGAAUGCUCAAAAUUUUCUACUCGAGUACAGAAGGUUGACAAGCUCCAAAACCGUAAAUCAUCCAAGAAGAGCAGAGGAGGUGGGAAGAUGAAGAAGCGGAGAAAGGUUUCAGAGCCGAAAGAUAUUUGUAACAUUAAUUACAAUCAAACUGGGAUGCAUCAAAGCCCAGAGAGGUUUGGAUUUGAACCAGGACCAGAGUUUACACUACAAACAUUUAAGAAGUAUGCGGAUGACUUCAGUGAUCAGUAUUUUAACAAAGAUGCAUGUGGGGACUCGCCACCAUCAGUGGAAGAUAUUGAAGGCGAGUAUUGGCGCAUAGUUGAAAGUCCCACUGAAGAGAUAGAGGUAAUAUAUGGCGCCGAUUUGGAGACUGGAACUUUUGGUAGUGGUUUUCCAAAGUUUUCUCCUGAAGUAAAAUCUGAUGGUGAGCAUAAGUAUGCAGAAUCUGGCUGGAAUCUAAACAAUUUGCCUAGACUACAAGGUUCAGUUCUAUCGUUUGAGGGUGGUGACAUCUCUGGUGUUUUGAUCCCUUGGGUAUAUGUUGGCAUGUGCUUUUCAUCAUUCUGCUGGCAUGUUGAAGACCAUCAUUUGUACUCUCUGAACUACAUGCAUUGGGGUGCUCCAAAGAUGUGGUACGGAGUUCCAGGAAAGGAUGCCAUGAAUUUGGAGGUAGCGAUGAAGAAACAUCUACCUGACUUGUUUGAGGAGCAGCCUGAUUUGCUUCACAAUCUGGUUACUCAAUUUUCUCCAUCAUUGCUUAAAUCUGAAGGAGUACCGGUUUACCGAUGUGUUCAGCAUGAGGGAGAGUUUGUCCUGACAUUCCCACGAGCAUACCAUGCUGGUUUCAAUUGUGGUUUCAAUUGUGCGGAAGCUGUUAAUGUGGCACCGAUAGAUUGGUUACCAAUUGGGCAGGAUGCUGUUGAGCUUUAUCGUGAACAGGCCCGGAAAAUAACUAUUUCACAUGAUAAGCUGUUACUUGGGGCUGCAAACGAAGCAAUAAGAGCUCAGUGGGACAUUCUUUUCCUCAAGAGAAAUACUGCUGAUAACUUGAGGUGGAAAAGCAUGUGUGGACCUGACAGCACCAUAUGCAAGUCACUUAAGGCAAGAAUCGAGAUGGAGUUGACCCAAAGAAAGGAUAUAUGCUCUCCAUCUCAAUGUAGAAAAAUAGAUGCUGAAUAUGAUUCUGCAGAUAGGGAGUGUGCAUUUUGCUACUGUGAUCUGCAUCUUUCUGCCUGUGGUUGUCCAUGUUCUCCAGAGAAAUAUACUUGCCUUAUACAUGCGAUGCAGCUUUGCUCAUGUGACUGGAGUAAAAGACUUUUCCUAUUCCGUUAUGAUGUCAAUGAACUAAACAUCUUAGCUAAUGCUUUGGGUGGGAAGUUAAGUGCCAUUCACAGGUGGGGUGUCUCUCAUCUUGGAUUAAGUUUGAACUCAUGUGUUAAACGAGAAAAAGAGCAAGAUCUGAAGACUCUUCGGAGAGCAACUGAUGGCCCCAGAAGGUCGUACAUGUCACAUGCAUCAACAGUAUCAUUGUCACCUUCACUGGUUUGCAAUGAACAGAAAAGCUGUGGAAAUAAGAUGCUGAACUCAGCUUGUUCGGAAAUGAACACUGCUGUUCCUUUUGCAGAGCAACUAAAGUUGGGAAAUGUUUCACCACAAAAGGAGCCAUGCCUGAAGAAUGAUUUAGCAUGUACACUAAAUACUGGUGCCAGCCAAUUGCAGUAUAAUGGAGGGCCUGGAGGCGACAAAAACUCAGCAGCAAGUUUGUCAGUUCCUGCUGGUCAAUCAUCUUCUUCCAAUGUUAGGACAAGGUCCUUUAGCACUUCUGGUGAAUACAAUAAAAAUGCAUAUGGCUCUCUACCACUUGAUCAUAGAAGCAACAUGAAGCCUAGCUCGGAAAGCUCAAUCAAUUCCCAUAGGUUAAUGACAUCUAACACUAAUGCAUCUCUGUGUUACUCUUACAAUGAUAAAAUACACAUAACACCAGAGACUAAUGCCUUGGUGACGACAGAGAAAGAUGGUAAUCAGAUUCGUGCUGCAUCAAGUCAGCACUUUGAGAGGACUGUUUCAAGAGCACAAACUGUCUCUCAGGAAGCAUCAGCUAGUGUCUUUGCUUCAAAGCCACCUCCAGGCCCUUCACUUGUGAAAAAUACAUAUGGAGGUUUUAGUUCAAGCAGUGCCCAUCUUGGUCGUCCAAAUUUUUGUAAUCAGCAAACAAAUGAUGGGCGCCUUCAAAGAAAAUCUGAAUCUUUAUCUGGUCUGGAAGCUCGGGAGCAUUCACCUUUAUUUGUGCAACCUGCUUUGGGAAAUGGAAGUCAACAGAAGGGUCCUCGCAUAGCCAAUGUUGUGUAUCGAUUCAAGGGCUAAGUUGAACUUUUGGAAAUGGGUGCUGUUCUAUCUGGGAGGUUGUGGUCCUCAAGCCAAGCAAUUUUCCCAAAAAGUUUGUUUUUCCCUGGCAAAUCUGGAUACCUCCAUGCGUCUUGUAGCUGCUUUUCAAUUUGGAAGCAACUUUGUUAUUGGGAGCUACUUUUUGAUGCUUUGCCAUCCUUAAGUGCUUUUAAUACGUUGCGAAUGACAAUAUUCAUGCUAGAGGAAUGUUUGUUGUUUGUAAACUACUACUCAUGGAUGUUUUUCCUCAUAGAUUUGAUUCUCUUCAGCAGUUUGAUAUAUAUUUUGCUCUUUUCCUUGACAUGAUUAUCUUUGUAAAUAAAGGGUUCAGAAGCAGAGUGAAAUACUUCAGCAUUGUGGAUCCAACACAAACAACUUACUACAUAUCUGAAAUAUUAGACGCUGGACUGCAGGGACCUCUGUUUAUGGUGACUAUAGAAAACUGUCCAGGCGAAGUUUUUAUCAAUGUCUCUCCUACCAAGUGCUGGAGCAUGGUCCGUGAGUGGCUGAAUAUGGAAAUACGGAAGGAACUCAGCAUGGGAAGAGCUAACCUUCCUACACUACAGCCUCCAGGACCAGUUGAUGGUCUUGAAAUGUUUGGGUUGCUGUCACCGGUAAUAAUUCAGGCAAUCGAGGUGCAGGAAUGCAGGAUAGAGAUUGGAUCUGCAGAGUAUUGGAGGUCCAGGCCCCGUGUUGUUGCUGGAGACGGUGGCAGUCGGCAUAUGUUGCCACCUCAGGGUACGCCGCACAUUGCGCUCCUGAGGGGGCUGUUCCAGCGAGCCAGCCGCGAUGAGCUGCGAGCCCUGCGGAGUCUACUGACGAGCAAUAGCAGCCUGGACGAGAGCUCCAGGCAACAGGCUGCCCAAGUUCUGGACGAUGAGAUUGCCAAGCAGUGGAGCUGACGAACCUAAAUAGGACUUCUAAUCUCUUGUCUGCAUGAAAUUUUUUGGGACGGGACCAAGCAGUUAGGGUUGCUCAUUCUGUUGCCCGUGUGCCCACUCUUUACAUUCUGUGUCCAUGCUCCAUGACAUAAGAUUUUGCCACACCUGGUUGUUCUUAUGUGUGAUUAAGAUGAUUGACUCAAUAACACCUCACCCCCUGACCAUACCGUUCAGUUCCUAAAUGUUGAGAUGAAUAUUCCCUGUC